AUGCCCGAGGAAUCUUCUCCAACCAAGACCUCUCCGGAGGAGAGCUCAUUCCUCUCACAGCCUAACUCCGAUGCUCAAGGCCAACUCACUGCUGCGGUUGAUGAGCUCCUUGACCAGCUUCAAGGGAAGUUUGACAAUGUUUCCAAGGAAGUGUUUGGAAAACUGGACGAUAUGACCCGUCGCCUGGAUGAGUUAGAGGCUUCCUUAUCAGCAUCAGGAAACGGCAACGGCUCGGCAACACCUACGAAAUGA